CUCUGGAAAUCCACAAAUAUUCCAAGAGCUGGACUUCUCCUGAAUCAUCUCAAAUUCUUCGAACUUCGCUGGUCUAGGGAAGGAUGUGAGGAGGUGACAGAAGGCGGGGCAAGACCCUCAAAGAGGUUAAAUAGGUCACUGCCACCCUCGACUCUCACCAGGGUGUCUCCCUAAGCAGAGGGACCCGUACGCAGAGACUCCCUCCUGGGCUCCUGGCACCAUGGCCCCACUGAAGAUGCUGGCCCUGGUCAUCCUCCUCCUGGGGGCUUCUCUGCAGCAUAUCCAUGCAGCUCGAGGGACCAAUGUGGGCCGGGAGUGCUGCCUGAAGUACUUCAAGGGAGCCAUUCCCCUUAGAAAGCUGAAGACGUGGUACCAGACAUCCGAGGACUGUUCCAGGGAUGCUAUUGUUUUUGUAACUGUCCAGAACAAGGCCAUCUGUUCGGACCCCAACGACAAGAAAGUGAAGAAGGCACUUAAAUAUCUGCAAAGCCUCUAGAGCGAUGGGGGCCGUGGCUUGUCUCUGAACAGUUUGGCGGCAGGGGCAUGGGUCCUUCUCUUCCGAGGACCUCGUGGCCGGCAUUGUUUGGCAGGGCUGCGGUUAGAAGGGCAAUUUCCAGGCCCGACUGUUGCCUCCUUCUGCCCCCUUGUGGGUCUCUUUGGUCGCAAGUGGGCUCAUAUCCUGUCCUGA